CAGGCCAUCCCCUUCCUGCUGACAAAGCUCAGAUAGCCAAAAAAAGCCCAGAGGGUCGGUGAAGCGCAGGGAGGAGAGGGUGGUCUGGAAGCGGUAGAUAUGGCCAGCAAAGUGUCGGAUCUGCUGUACUGGCGAGAUGUUGGGACCACCGCGCUGGUGUUUACGGGUUUGGUUGUGGGUUUGGCUUGUUUGUUCCAGCUCAGCUCCAUCACGGUCCUGUCCAACCUCGGCUUGUGGAUCAUGGCCUUCACCCUUCCCGCACGGUUUCUUUACAAAGCCCUGGACCUGGUGCGCCUCAGUGAUGGCUCUCACCCCUUCCAAUCAUAUUUGGAAGAGGACCAUACGCUGACGGAUGAGGACACGAUCCGCAUGGCUGAACAUAUCGUUCUGCUGAUCGCUACGGCUGUCACUGACCUGAAGAGGCUUUUCUUCAUCAAUAGCAUCAUGGACUCAUUGAAGUUCAUUGCCUUGCUGUAUUUGUUGACCUUCGUGGGGGUCCAAACCAAUGGUCUUACUCUAAUAAUGACUGGUGUCAUAUGUGCUUUCUCUCUGCCACUGCUGUACAAACUUCAGCAGCAAAGGAUUGAGAAGAUUGUCAAAGCUGUCCAAAAACUUGUUACGAAAAUUACUGAAAUGGUUGAUCUUGUGGUCUCUCUGGUCAAACCUCCACCACCUGCUCCGGCUCCAGCACCUACCUCUGCUGUCGCAUUAAGACAGAAACAAAAGACAAAAUGAAAAGGAUGAAGAGAGAAAUGUGAAUGUGGAACAAGAUGAACAAAGUCUUACAGUGGAGCUGUGACCUGGCGUGUAACUUGGGUUUGUUAGGCAGGUUUGGGGCUUAUGAGCCAACCCAUGAGCGGCCUUUGUUUUACAGUUUGUUUCUUAUGGUGGUGCUCGGGGAUUGUUCAAUGUGUCUUCUUUAAAAAAGAUUGUAGCAGCAUAGUGCAAAGGGAGCGAUGAUGUAUGCCAAUACUUUAUGUUGUUGUGCUCCAUCAUUUAAACUGAAAUGUCUUUUAUAACUCCUGACAAUUAAACAGCUGUGUAAUAUUUAUAAUUACUGGCUCAUUCAUUUUUAACUGAUUUUCACAACAAAGGAAGCGAGUAAUAUAUGCAAGUAUAUCUUUCUCCACUAGAUGGCGCAAUGUGCUCACACAAUCAGCACUUCUGGGACAGGCACGGUGUUCCAAAAAUAAUGUCAUCUAAAUGAUUAUUGUUUAGUUUUUAGGAAUUGACCAGUUACGAACAACAGUUCAGAUAGGAUUGUUUUCAUAAUCAUGGUUUUAAUACUCAUGAUGUGCAUUAAUGCAAUGUAAUGUCUACUUAAUGUUUCAUAUGAGAGAACAAUUAAAUAGUAGUUGAGGAACAGAUUUUUUUACUUUUUAGGAGUAUCUUUAAAACAAGUUUUGCUUUCCUGUCAUUAUUUAUUUGUGCAAUACAACCCCCUUAGU